AGAUAAUAACCUUCAGUUACUUCCCUUUGUUUCUGAAAAAAAAAUAAAAUAAAUAAAAAUGGUGUUUUUAACAAGGACAUGCAAUGCUUUGAAGGAUCACUUUAGGGCAACACCUAAGUACUUUAUAAAUUUGAGAUCACCGUCCGUAGAAGCAAGAAGAAAUCAGAUGAAGAAGCAUAACCACAAAUACUAUGGGAGAAUCAGAAAUGUGUAUAACUUUGGUGUAAGAAGGAUGCAUAAAGCUUGGAAGUAUUCAACGAGAGAUCAUGCCAUAAAGGAGGAGACAAUGGACAGACUAUAUGAAACACGGAUUGAAGCUGCUUGUUUGGAACAUGGGAUGGAUAAAAAAUAUUUCCUUACAUCAAUAGCUGAGUUUGAUAUAAACCUUAACAGAGAAACAUUAGCCAAUCUUUCCAUAUAUGAACCAAGGACUUUCCAGACAUUAGUAGAAUUUGUGAAGAUGAGAUCAUUAGAAAUAGGGCUUCAGUCUACAAAGUUGGGAAGUGUGUAUGGAACAGAACCACGAGGAAUUACAGAACAAGUAAAUAGGCUGUCAAAGUCAUGACACGUUUUUUAAACAAACUUGACUUUUUGUCAAGAAAAAGGAAAGAUAUUAUGGGAUGUUUUGAAAAAGACAUUAAUUGAAGUAAAAAGACACCUUUUGAAACAAAAGACACCAUUUUAGGCAAAAGGACACUAAGUUUUUAAAAGCUGAAAAGUUAUAGUUCUGAUUUUUUUAGCUAAAACAAAGCAAACUGUAUGCGGUGAAAAUAUUGUCACAAGUGUUAACAUUAAAAGAUUAAAGCCUGGCAUCGUUUCACAUGAAGCUCCUCAUAUUAAACAUACUUGUCCCUUUUCAUUUAUUAAUUAUAAAUUUAAAGAGUUAAAUAUUUCUGCAAGGUUAUUACUCUUUAAAGUUAAGUUUGAGCAGCGGUCUGGUGUAAACCACUGAAAUAGUUUGAUUGGUCAGUUUUGUUUUGAAUUAUAAUAUCAAAGAACAUUUUUAGACUGGUUUUCAAAAUUUCUAAAUUUUUAACCUUUUGACUAAGUAUAAAAGUGUGAGAAGCGAGAGAUAGCUUGUUUUGAUUAUAAAGUUCUGAUGAAAUGUCUAUUAUAGUAUAAGGGGGUUGUAUAAAAACAUGAGAAAAAUAAAUGUAAGUGAUAUGA